AACGUCUCAAAGUUUUCCUGAGUGUCACCUCCGAACGAAAACCAAUUACUUGAAAAAUGGAUGCAAUGGAAGUGGACGACGGCCCAUACUUAAGUAAGAACUUCACAACGGAUGGACUCGUCACUCAAGUGAAUUUUCAAAGAAGGAAGAAGUCGUGCAGAUGUGUGACUGUGUGUCUCAGCUUACUGUGUGCACUCCUGCUGGCCGGUAACGUUGGACAAUUUCUCCACUAUGAGCUAUUGCCCUACUACGCUUCGAAAGACCAUGCUAGCUCAGACCGUCUGACUCAAGAGAAUCUCCAGACUAAAAACAAAGUCAUUUCUGCACUAACUACAGAGAGAAACCAGCUUGAAAACAGGUUGAAUAACCUCACAAGGGAUAAAGACCAGUUGAAGACCAGCUAUGAUUCUCUGGUGAAGGACCGAGACAAACUCCUCAGCAGCAAAAAGGCUUUGACCGCGGAAAGAAACGACCAGUUACAGGCCGGUUACAACUCACUCGUUAAGGAGAAAGAGUUCCUUCAAAGAAGUAAAACCACUUUGACUGCUGAGAGAGAUGACUUCAAGUCCCGCUUCAACAAUCUGAAGAACGAGAGAGACCUCUUACAGCGCAAUUAUACUUCCUUGAAAAGUAACACCAACCAGUUACAGGGCAGCUAUGAUUCCCUGGUUAAAGAGAAAGAGCUCCUUCAAACCGGCAAAAGCGCUGCUGCUGCAGAAAGAGAUGACCUCAAGUCCCGCUUAAACAAUCUCAAAAACGAGAACGAUCGCUUACAACGCGAUUACUCUUCAUUGAGGAGGACCAAGGACCAGUUACAGUCCAGUUACACCUCCCUCGUUCAGGAGAAAAACCUCCUUCACACCGAUAAAACCACUUUGGCUGCUGAGAGAGAUGACUUCAGGUCCCGCUUCAACAAUCUCAAAAACGAGAACGACGGCUUACAAAGCCAUGUCUCUUCUCUGAGAAGUGAGAAAAAACAAUUACAAGCAAGUUAUGAUUCCCUGGUGAAGGAGAAGGAGCAGUUACAGUCCAGUUACAACUCUCUCGUUAAGGAGAAAGACCUCCUUCAAACCAGUAAAACCACCUUGGCUGCAGAGAGAGAUGACUUCAAGUCUCGCUUCAACCAACUUAAAAAUGACAGAGACCUGUUACAGCACAACUACACCUUGUUAGAGGCCGACAAGCAGCAACUGGAAAGAAAUUACACAGAUCAGUUGAAGACCAGUGAAGUUUUGUGUCAGAUCUGGCACAAGCUGCAGCAAAGUGAAUACAUACAAUUGCAAGCCAAUUACAACACGAUGCGGCUUGGAUACGAGGUGUUACAGAGCAAUCAGAGCAGCCUGCUGAAAGAACGGCAUGAGUUGCAGAAGAACAUUGACAAGAUGACUUCCAAACUAAACGGCAUGGUUUGUCAGGACAGCUGGAAGAAGUUUGGCACCAGCUGCUACUACGUCUCAACAACAAAGAAGAAAUGGAAGGAAGGCAGACAAGAAUGCAUCCGCAAGGGAGGAGACCUGGUUGUCUUAAACAGCAGGGAAGAACAGUCACAAUACAAAGUUCUCCAGCAUAAGUAA